AUGUGGAAAGAAAAGGAGUCAAAUCACCUAGAAUCAGUCAAAUCUGUGGGCAAAAAGCAGAAAGCUACAUGUGAUCGAAUUCUCCGUGCCACUUUUGCGACUCUGACUCUAGUACUUUUUGUCAUCCUUUUUCCACUACCAACUCAUCGUUCCUUCAAAUUUUCUCCACAAAACGUGUCGCAUAAUCCUUUGUCAGUGGAUUGGCGAAGAACAGGACAAGUGUCUCCAGUGAAAUCACAAGGAGUUUGUGGUAGCUGUUGGAUACACACAGCGGUCGCAACAGUCGAAUCAGCUUUGGCCAUCAAACGAAAGAAAUAUGUUAUUCUCUCCGAACAACAGCUUAUCGAUUGCGAGGGUCGACAGAGUGGAUGCAUGGGUGGAUCGAUGACGAGAGCGUUCAAUUAUAUUGCCGAGUAUGGAUUGUACGAGGAGCAUCUCUACCCGAAACACGAUUGGAAUCGCUCCGCAUCAAAGGACUGCAGUGAAGCAAAGAGAAAAGGCGCUAAACGUUUCAAAAUCUCCUCCCAUAUUCUCUUCGGCGACAAUGAGGAAAAAGCUGCAGAUUGGAUAGCAAAGAAUGGGCCGGUGGCUGUAGGUGUCGAACCUCUCAACCCUUUUUGGCUCUUUCGAGGCUCUCUACUUUGGCAUUUGCUGAAGCGUCGUGGAUACUAUUUUGAAGGCGGAACCCCGUACUGGAUUGCCAAGAACUCGGCGGGCUCAGAGUGGGGAAAUGAUGGAUUUAUAAAGAUUGCACGAGGUCACAACGUUUGCGAAAUGACUUUUUCAGCGCCGGCUUUACUCGAC